AUGGCGACUUCCACUCCUCUCGUGGGAGGGCUCUUGUCGACUUGCGUCACCGCCACCGCCGCUGACAGCAAAGCGGAUUAUUCACCUCUUGUCCCCUCAGAACAGAACGGCGCGGCGGCGCUGAAGCCUCGAAGCCACGACGGCAGAAGUUGCAGUACUGAGGAUCCCGGUGAGACUAACUCAUGUCUCAUACAGGAAGAAGACAUUGCAUUUCUUUUUACCUCCAUGACGUGGAAUGUUGACCUAAUGGAGGUGCUGCUUCUUAAGGCUCCGAACCCCCUUCACUCCGACCACCAACAACCGCAACAACAGGAGCCACAAGUUGUUGUAAAGAAAGAGUCUGAAGAGUCGCUCACUGCAGCCGCGUUCCCGUCGCUUGAAGAGGCCCUUUUGACGACCACGACGGUGAACGGCAGCAAGGGUCGCCCCGCUGGCGUCAGCCACGGCCGUCGAAGCAAGCGACGUAAAAUCGGCCGUGGGCGUGCCACACAACUGCGAAUUGUGCCUACAUUCUAUUCUGAGCGAGUGGGGAUGGAGCCAGAGGAUGAAGAGAGGUGUGAUGAGGAGGAAGUGGAGCCCGCCGUCGCAGCAGUGCCGCCCUGCCUCCGCCCAGUGCAAGAUGUUGAGGAGCCGUGCGGCAUGUACCUGACAGAGGAAGAGGAGCUAGACACCAACUACGUGCCGCACCGCUGCCUUGAGAAGGGUGACACGAAUUCUGCCGCACCACCAAUGGCAGUGCCGCCAACCGAAAACGGAUAUCCACCAGAGCGGUCGUCACAGGGUAACAUGCGUGAUUUCUUGCGGGUGUUCUAUCAGAGUUUUCUUCUCGUUGUUUCAGCGCAGGUUCGGUACCAGCAGAAUGUAUUUGACCGGCCAACGCGCUCGCUCUCCCCGCUGGAGUACCGUGCGCUGUGCUUCUUGCGCUGCCAUCUCGCGUCGUUCAAAGACAUUUUGCGCCGCCACGUUAUGUGCGGUGAAAAGGAGGCAGAACGGCGUGGGGCGCAGCCUCUCCUCGUUGGCCUCUUCCGAUGCAACAACAACAACAACAACACCAACAACGACGUCCGAGGGGAAAAGAAAAACAAGUGUUCUGCGGUUGAGGAGUGGUUGCCACCGCACGCGCAGUUGUACCUUGCAGGGAAGGAACCGGCUUAUCAGCCGCUGUUGUUAGAAGCCCUCGAUGUCACGCGUGUGGUUCAGUGCUACCCAGAGCCGCGAAAAAACGAUUCCGACAGUACGUGUGGCGCAGGCAAGGCAAUGGAGGUGGCGCUUAAUGCGUUGUACUGCUGGCGACGACUACUAUUGGAGCGGCCGAAUGGUUGCAGUGACGGAAACACCAGCGGCGCAUCGAAGGGAGAUUUACUUUUCAUCCGAAGUGAUGAGUGGGCGGUGGCCCAAGGGCUCUUCACCCGCUGCCUGUCGCCGCUGGUGUGGUCGCCGUACACUGCGUUUGGACCGUAUGUGGUGUACAGCGCCACUCUGCCGCAGUCCGGUCGGCAUAUUGUGAAGCUCGUGCUACCCGCCGAGGACAGGGAGUCAUAUGACCUCUCUGCUCAUUUCCAAGAGGGUGUAUUUCGUUUUCUGCACGGCACGCCCCUCUUCCCCGUCAACGCGGGAAUUUGUGGAUUGAAAUAUGAUCAGCAGCAGGAUGAAGCGAAGGCGAUGCCACGUCGUUCCUGUCUACUUCACUGCUCCGCUGGGAUGCACCGCUCGAGCGGUGUGGCUAUCGCGUACCUACUGUGGCUGGUUGCCCUGUCGCACGGUAAGCUACCUCGAAUGGCAAUGGUACAAGAAGAUUUAUCAGUGCAAGAAAAGGAGGGUCAGCAGCAGCAGCAGCAGCGGACCACCCCUUCGUAUCUUUCUGCCGUUCUCCGUCAACAACAGCAGUACAAACACGCCGCUGAUGACGCCGCUGCAGCAGCAGCAGGCGAGGGGGAAGAAGAAGGGGGUGGCUCCGCCUGCUCUGUGAACGAGGCGAAGGAUGGGGCAGACGAGACAGACUCUGUGGUGCAGCGCUGUGCCGAGCACGUGCGCCAACAGCGCACCGUAGCUGUGCCAAUCGCUGCGGUCCUGCAACAUCUACGGCGCUACGCCUCCCACCUUCGUCUCGAGUGA